AUGCAGCACUCCGUCUGGACCGAGGAGGAGGUCAACAGCAUCAAGAAGACCCACAAGAAACCCGAGGACAUGGUCGACCGUGUGGCGCUUGCUGCGGUGAAGGCAGCGCGGUGGUCUUUCGACACUUUCUCUGGGUAUCGCUUCGGCAACCUCACGGAGGGCAAGGUCAUCAACCGCAUCUGCUUCCUCGAGACCGUCGCGGGAGUGCCCGGCAUGACGGCGGGCAUGCUUCGUCACCUGCGCUCCCUGCGCAUCAUGGACCGUGAUCACGGGUGGAUCCACACGCUGCUGGAGGAGGCGGAGAACGAGCGCAUGCACUUGCUGACGUUUGUCAAGCUCCGCAGGCCGGGGCCUCUCUUCCGCGCAGCGGUCGUAGGGACGCAGGGAGUGUUCAUGAACGUCUUCUUCCUGUGCUACCUGGUGAGCCCGCGGUUCUGCCAUCGGUUCGUGGGGUACCUCGAGGAGGAGGCGGUGAAGACCUACACGGACAUCAUCAACGCGAUCGACGACGGGCGCCUGGGACACUGGAAGACGCAGGCCGCCCCUCAGAUCGCCAUCGACUACUGGCACCUCAAGCCGGAGGCGACCAUGAGAGACUUGAUGCUGGCGGUGCGAGCGGACGAGGCAUGCCAUCGGGACGUGAACCACACGCUGUCAGGGCUGAAGGUAGACGAGACGAAUCCGUACGUGCUGGAGCACGCGCAGGCAGCACAGCAGAGCAGCAAGAUCGAGGCCGGCAAGGCUUAA